GAACUAGGUAUCUACCUACGCUAGGUACCUGGUACCGUCGACCUAGCGUGGACUUUACAAAACAGACAAGACUCAGAAUCGAUUGGCCAUGCUGGACAUCAUCGAGUGAUCGUGGUUGCGUCAGGGCUCACUCACGACAGCACGAGGGGGAUGCUCGCGACGCUCCGACGCUGGAGUCGUCGUCCUUCAAGUCGUCCUUGAAUGUUGUCUUGUUGAUUUCUGAGCACCAGCAAAACAACCACUGCCGUAAAGAACCAACAACUUCAACCCUGAGCCUGCCUGCAUUUCACUCGCCCGCAUCUGCCCUCGACCGAACAACACAUGGACGACUUUGGUGACCAGGCCUCCUUCGAGGCCGACCCCGACGUCGAUCUCGACGACGACAUGGACCAGGAUGCCCACGACCUAGGCGACUACGACCACGACGCCGGUCAGGAUGAGCUGGACGACCUGGAUGAAGAAGAGGACGACGAGGACGGCAUUGGAAUGCCCUUUGACCCCAUAGCGCUGGGCCUCAAGGAGAUCAACAACCUCGCUAGGUGCCGUGUCAGCACCUUCAAGCCCGGCAACGGCGUCAAGGAGCUCCUGGAUGAUGACCUCAGCCAGUACUGGCAGUCCGACGGCGUCCAGCCGCACCUCAUGACCAUGAAGUUCACCCGCCAGGUCGAGAUCCGCGCCCUGCGCUUCUUUGUCGACUACACCCAGGACGAGUCCUACACCCCGACCAAGAUCUUGUGGUUCGCCGGCACCUCGGAGCACAGCCUCAUCCAGUUCGCCAGCUCCACCCUCACCAGCCCCGUCGGCUGGCAGGACGUCAGCAUCACCGGCUGCGGCGGCGGCGACGACUCAAACUCCCUGUGCUGCUUCGUCGUCCAGAUGCACGUCAUGGAAAACCACCAGAACGGCAAGGACACCCACAUCCGCGCCGUCAAGGCCUACGGCUUCGACGACCAGCUCAGGGCCGCCGGCGCCACCGGCGUCCCUGCCGCCCCCGGCCACGUCGAGAAGGUCUUUAGGGUCGACGAGACCAAGUCUGGCGAGGACGCCGAGCGCGACCUGCUCAAUUACAUCGCCGCCAGGGAGAGGGACAAGCCCCCGGAUAACCCCGGCGACCCGAGCGGCACCGCCUCCACCCUGGAUUUCUUGGAAGGUCCCGUCCUGCGGUGAUGUCUCCCCGUCAUUUUCCAGGGUGGACAGCAGGUGGGGACUCAGCGUGUUCGUACCCUUAUUUCCGCCGAGCUUCAGACUGGAUACCAACGCUGUUCCCACCGCGACAUGGUGUUCUUCGAGGGCCGAAAGGUGCGCACUUGUGGAAUCACGAAGAAGCACACAAAAUGCCGGACUGGUAGUUGGGACGGACAGCUCAAUGUCGUAUGAUGCCGUACGUUCGACCACACUGGCUCACAAACUGGACGAUGAGUGUUGUCCAGCACGCGUAUUUACGCACCAGCCAGGCCGCAUCUGCGCCAAGUGAUGCAUCAAGCUUCAUCGCUGCUGAAGCAUAAAAUAUACACCUAUACCGCCUACACAGAUCAACAGUGUUCAACGGCAUCGCUGUCGCCCCGGAAGCCUUUUCGAACCGUCAUUCAAUGAACAAGUAGGCUGGGUUUUGAUCAGCACCGGCAGGUCGUAUACAUGUAUAUGCGAAAAUUACAGGACAAUGAGUCUCAUGCCCGGAGUGUUAGAUAUUAUUGUGCCGAUGAUACAUCACAUGCAGCUGCUUCCUGCACAGAAAGUGGUGUACCGCUAAGAGAAAACAAUCCGCUUAUUUUGGGCAUUACUUGACAAAAAACGAUCGAUACAGUCCCAAUGUUGAAGCGACAUUCGGAGUUGUUCACAAUCUACGGAGUAAACGCCAACUUCUACACUACCAGCUCUGCCCAGGUGUCUGCUACGCCGGCGUGACGUAGGGCUGUAUAUUAAUAUCAUCGGAUGUGACGGGCACACACCUCUGGGCUGUACCUUUCUGCGCGGUGCUGAUGGUUCUGAGCUUCUUCAUCCUGUCUUCGAGCGCUUUCCGUCGCCUGGGUGGCCCGUCCCGAGAAGAAAGGCUGAGCGCACGGCGCUUGUCAGCCCUCUCCGGCAGGAUUCAAUUACAACCGCGGCGGCAACAUUUUCCAAGGUUCAAACAUCCAGGAGAAGGCCCGCUUGGACCAGAGGUGGGAUUAUACACACGGCCAUAAUUGGCCUUUCUUUGCUGCUGCCCAAGUGCAGUGCCCCGCAGAGAUUUGACUCACGCAUAGUUACAUGUCCAGAAACGCUGUUGCGAAGCGGGCGGGGAAGCGCGCGGCGCGACAGGUCGCAGCGACGCGGUCUGUUGAAUCGUACAGGCGUGGCCGUCAAAAUGGUGCCACCGGGCCUCUGCCACUCCGGCCUCGACGGGGGUGUGGCAGCGGCGACGAGCGUCAUGGUCGCCUGCCGUCAUCAAGGCCAUGAUGGCCCGGACUGCGGAGGUGGGCAGCCCCACCAUCCUGCGCGCGAUCGUCGCGGCUGGUGAGAGCCAUAGGAAGCCUUUGUCUGAGUGCAGGGUCAAGGAGAGAGUAUCGGGUGCCUGCCUAGGUCAGCGGCGAAGAAACCUUGGGCGCCAGGAACUGCGAGGAUCUGUGUGGAAGGAGCUUGUCGAUGAGUAUGAGGCUGUUCAGCCUGGGUGCACCGAGGCUUCCGAGCAUAUAGGGGGGAUUUCCUGCCUCAGCAUGGGGCAUUCGAGGCGAAUAGUGACUUGACACACUCACAAAAGUACAGAGUGGGAUCCAACUUGGGGGAAACCUAAGUGUGGGGAAAUGAUCUGAUUUUCUGAAGCUUGAGGCUUCAUAUGACCGUGGAAGGGGAGCUGGAAACUAAAGCCAGGCAGGUGGUAUUAAUAGUUCACGAAACAUCAUGCCGUGCCGGUCCGAAAACACACCCGUUACCUGUCGGAGAUUCAAUUCUUGGGCAAUGUUGCGGCCACCUCUUCUUCGGGUUUGAGGGCAUGGCCAGCGGCCAAGCCCAAAU